AUGCUUACGCAGAAGCGCAUCUUCCGGCGCGUUCGUCCUCGGGAUUGGUUUGUUAUCCCCAUCUCCAUUCUUCCUCACCACUGUUUAACACAUGCUGAUGAUCGGAGGAUUGUGCUGCUGGGAAAGACAGGUGUUGGGAAGAGUGCAUCAGCAAACACUAUACUGAGAAGAAAAUCUUUUAAAUCAGCUCUGACUUCACAAUCAGUGACCAAAGAGUGUCAGAAAGACACCACUGAAUUCAACACAAGACGCAUAACCGUGAUCGACACUCCAGGCCUGUUCGACACUGGAGUUGAUAAUGUUGAGACCAUGAAGGCGAUUGUGAAGUGUGUGUCAAUGGCAGCACCAGGACCACAUGUGUUUCUGCUGGUGAUUCAACUAGGGCGGUUCACCAAAGAGGAAAAAGAUGCAGUGAAGAUCAUCCAGGAGAGGUUUGGUGAUCAAUCCAGCAUGUACACCAUGGUGCUCUUCACCAGAGGAGAUGAACUGAAAGGAACCAGCAUUGAAGAUUUUAUUGAAGGAGACAGAAGCUUACAGAACCUCAUCCAUCAGUGUAAAAGCAGAUACCAUGUGUUCAGUAAUAAUGAGGUUAAAGAUCUGACGCAGGUUUCUGAACUGCUGGAGAAGAUUGACCGCAUGGUGGCAGUGAAUGGAGGAGGUUUCUACACCAAUGAGAUGUUUCAGCAGGUGGAGAAAAACAUCAGAGAAGAACAAGAGAGAAUCCUGAAAGAGAAAGAAGAGGAAAUCAAGAAAAGAGAAGAAGAGCUGAGAGACAAAUAUGAAGCAGAAAUAGAGCAAAUGAAGAAGGAAACUGAGAGAGAAAGAAAAAUUAUGCAGAAUGAACUGAGAAACAGUGAAGAGGAGUUUAAAAAGAAAGAGGAGGAGAUUAAGAAAGAAAAAGAUGAAAGACUACAAAAGGAGCUUCAGAGAAAUCUGGAGGAACAGCAGAAACAAUUUGAAGAAAAGAUAAGGAAGACAGAAAUGGCUUUGGAAGAACAACAACAGAACCUCAUAAAAUACCUGGAAGAAAAACACGAGAAAGAAAAGCAAAAUCUCAAGGAGAGAAUUCAGCGUGAAACUAGAGAGCAAGCAGAGCAGGAAUAUCGAGAAAAACUUGAGCAAGAAGUAGCUAAAGCUUUAAGAGAAGCUGAUGAACAGUUACCAAAGACUGCCAGACGAGCUUGUGAAUGGAGUCAGCGUGCAGGUUUUAUUGGGGCCGUUGCUGGAAGUGUUGUUGGUUUUCAUGAAGAUAUUGUAUCUUGGAUUAUCAGAUUUCAUCAAGCUCAAAAGCAGACAGAAGUGUGAAAUGUUGAGUACAAGCAAGUCAAGGGAGAGAUGUCCUCUUUUUGGACCCAAAAUUGUAAUGUAAUGUUAUGUGUAUU